AAGGGAAGAGCAGUAAUGGAAAUGAUGAAGCUGGACAAAGAAAUCAAAGAAACUCAAAUUCGGCUAGAGCCCUUAGUGGUGGAAACCCGGCAGCUACUGGAGGAGAAAGAUCACAUACAGAAGGAAAACCAGUUCUUUCAGGAAUACCUGACCAAGCAAACAGAGGAGUCUAGACAGAGAACCGAGAAGCUGUGGAACUACUAUCUACAACAAAGCGUGAAGAUUGAACAAAGAAAACAAGAAUUAACCUCCAAAUAUGCGAACAAAAAUUCAGCGCUUAAAAGAGAGCUCUUGGAGAAGGAAAACACCCUAUCCAAUUUGAAUAAGCAGUUGGAGGCAAUGAAGGACAUUUCAGUGAUAAAGGAAAAACAGGACAGAGAAAUUGAGAAACUUCAGCAGGAGAUAAAGAAGACCCACGUUGAGACAGCUGCAAAGAAACAGGCGAUGCUCGUCCAGUUCUUCCAGGACAAAGCAUUACUGGAGGCACAGCUGAGUGAGCUAGAGGCAAGGGAGUCGGGAAAGAAGUUAACAAAGGAGCUGAAAAGCAAGAACCAGGCCUUGGAGAAGGCAGCAAAGCAGCAUGUUUCCGAGUUCCACAGUAACAUCAACAGACAGCACCAACAGUUACAGAAGGAACUUCCAGAGCUAGUUCAGAAAUGCCAUCAGUUGGAGGAUACUCACAGCCAAUUAAAAAAGAAGCAGCAGCUGCUGCAGCAGGAGCACUGGUACGUGGAGUGCUUAAGGCGAGGGAGGCAACAGCUGCAGGAAAGGCGUAAUCGGUGCCCAAAUGGACAGGGUUCUCCGAAGACCACAAGGAACCCUGCCCUAGGCACCAAAUCAAAGGUGCAUCCAAAGAAAUCUCUAAAAUAACACUAAGUCAAGACUAGAGCAAGGGUUCUUAGGUGCUAUAUAACAUAAUCCUGGUUAGGAAGGCUUUGAGAUCUCAGGUUGCUAUGGUAAAAUACCCAUUGUAAUGUGUUAAUAUGAAGGAUUAGGUGUUUUUCUCAACCAAUACUGCUAGAUUAUUGGUAGCACUGGCUUCCCAUUAAGUUAGGUUUUUCUUCAAUUAGCUCCUGGUAAUAACUGGGCUGUUCCUUAUACCUCCAGAUA